CCGUCCAUCUGCCCCCUCGCGCUCUCCCUCGUUUCUACUCCAAAUCGCCACCGCCGUGGGGGAGAGAGAGAGAGAGAGAGAGAGAGAGCUGUGAUGGAAGAGCCCCGCUCGACGCGACACCUCAAGAGAGCCGAGGUCGCCGGAGCUUCGACGGCUCCGACGGCUCCGACGGCGCCGAAGCGACGGAGGAUAGCCUGCGUCGGAGAAGCGCCGUUGGAACUGCGGUCGGAGGAGCACGAGGUCGCACCGCCGCUUCUGCUCCCGUAUCCGGACUCGCCGGAGAAGGUCAGCGCCCCGUCGGAGGCCGGAGACUUCGUGUCGAGCUCGAGCUCGAGCUCCGGUCCAUCAGAGCCGCCUCGUUCCUCGGGGAGGAGUGACGAGGACUCCGUGGACGUCGUGAAGGAAAAGAAGUUCGACAUGGUCGGCGACGAUCGACAGCAACAGUCGCAGGCGAAGAGUUUCGAAACCGAAGCAUCGACAUGCAACCGCGAUUUCAGCAGAGAAACCACUCCGAGCGAGCGGAGGCCUUCCGCGGCGGAGACGCCGUCGCGAGGGGAGCUGGAAUCGUUCUUCUCGGCGGCGGAGGAGUGCGAGCGGCAGCGGUUCGCGGAGAAGUACAACUACGACGUCGCCAUGGACGCCCCCCUCGAUGGCCGCUACGAGUGGAUCCGCUUGAAGCCGUGAGCAGAAAGAGAGAGAGACGACGGAGGAGAGGUGAUGACGCCAGGGUGACGCCAGGUCAGCUCGUCGCGACGUCCACAGAGAGAGAGAGAGAGAGAAACGAUGACGGUUGACUUUCGGCUACGUGUACAGCUUUCGCCGGGAGAUGCAAAAAAUGCCCGGCCGGAAAAUUACAAAUAAACACAAAAACAUCUGUAACUUCUUUUGUUCUACAAGGUCCCAAAAAAAUAAUCAUAUAUAUAUUCCUGUAUCUGUCCUCGGAAUUAUAUGAAAUUACGAUUUUCGGCCCGCUCUCCAAAAAUUCUGUAUGCCAAAAGGGG